UCCCCACUCAAGAUGGCGGCGGCCGGCGAUCGGAGUGCGGAGCGGAAGUGUUGGCCGCGGCCGGACCGGAAGUGGGCCCGCGCGGUGAGGUCACAGUUAGGAGGAGCGGAGGAGCCCGGCAGACGCGGUGACGUAGCGAAGAAGGAGGGGAAGAUGGCGGCGGCGGCGGCGUCCGGUGGAGGAGGCGGAGAAGGAGGAGGAGGGGAGGAGGAUGAGGAACUGAGGGAGCUGCUGGAGAGUGCCCUCGAUGACUUUGAGAAAACAAAACCCACUACAGAACCUACAGCGACAGCGGAGUCAGAGAAAACUCCCAAAAAAUCUUCCACAGAACCCCUCUUCGCUGCGCAGGAUCGGUUCUUCCACGAGCUCUUUGACAGUGAGCUGGCUGCUGAGGCGACGAAGGAGUUUGACAAAGCCAUGCAGGAGUUGGCGGAGCAGGAGCCCCAUCUGGUUGAGCAGUUCCACAAGCUGUCUGAGAUUGCGGGAAAGGUUGGAAGUGACCCGGCCUCGAAGCAGGAGUUUUCUACCUGUUUGCAGCAGACUCUGUCGGGAUUGGCCAAGAACGCAAGUGACCUCCAGAGUGCUGACACGACAGAGGAGGAGUUGAAUCAGGCGAUGAGCAGCCUGGGAGUGGAUCUGGGACUCAGCGAGGGGGCUGCAGAGACAGAGGGGAGCUUCCUCCCUAUCAUGCAGAACAUCAUGCAGAACCUGCUGUCGAAGGAUAUCCUGUACCCAUCGCUGAAGGAGAUCACUGACAAGUACCCCGACUGGCUGGCAGCCCACCGCCACUCUCUGCCCGGUGAGCAGGUGCGCAGGUACGAGCGGCAGCAGCUCAUCAUGGGGCAGAUCUGCCAGGAAUUCGAGGCCGAGAGACGCGGCGAGCCUGAGGAUCGGCAGCAAGUCCGCUUUGAGACCAUCCUGGACCUCAUGCAGCAGCUCCAAGAUCUUGGGGAACCACCAAAAGAGCUGGCAGAUGUGCCGCCCGGAUUGAACUUUGACCUGGACGGGAUAAACCUUCCGGAAAACGCGGCCCUGGGCGGCGAGCAGUGUGCGGUGAUGUGACAGAGCCCAGCCAGUGUUGUUCCCGAGUCUUUAAUGCCAUCCCUCCAUUUCUUCCUUCCCUCCCUCCCACUCUCCGUUCUCUGAGUCUCGCCCCAAACCUGGGCAGAAGGGGCAGUGCUAUUCCCCCCGCAGUGGCUCUGCCUCCUGUUUGUGGAGGGGGUGUUGCACUUUUUAUGUGGGGUGUUUGUGGUGGGGGGGUGGUUUGCCUACUGAUCGCCUUUGGGCUGGUUCGUCUCCGGCCCCCUCGCUGGAGGUGUCUGGACGUCCGUACGCAGGUUGGUUGGACACCCCCCCCCACUCGUGAGUGCACCCCCCGGGCACUCUGGUGGCUUUGAGGGUUUCUCGUCGUGGCCUCCUCUGUGUCCGGUGUGUCUCUGCGUCGAGUCUCUACCACUGCCUCCCUGUGUUGGGGACGGUCGACUGGUCGCUGUAACUACCUGAUGAACCAUUUAAAAUGAAAUUUGAUUGAU